UCCGAGUACAUCGCCACACCUCUCUUCAAGAAGCAGCCAACCCAGCAGUGGGUUACCAUGGUGACGCAGCACAUGCAACAAGUACAGUCCCUGAAUCCGCACCAGGCUCGAGCGCAGUUUCUGGGCCUGAUCAGUGCCUUCCCCAUGUUCGGCUCCUCGUUCUUCUACAUCCACAGCAGCAGCUCCACCACCUUCUACGCCCCCUGCAUUGUUGCUGUCAAUCAACAUGGGCUGCACUUCCUGCACAAAAAUACCCAUGAGCUGAUGGUAGUGGUCCCCCUGGUGGAAGUGCAGUCCAGCCGCACACAGAGGCCCACUGCUGGAACCAGUUACCCGUAUGUCGACCUCACCCUGGGGGACAUGAACACACAACGGGUCAUUCAGAUGCAGCUGGAGCAGGGCCUGGAGUUGUGUCGAGUCAUCGCCAUGCAGGUGGAAAACAUGAUGUUAGUGCGGGAGAAGAGGCUCACCCUACCACCCAGCGAGAUCACCAUGUUAUAACACCGUGCUGAACUGUGCACACACACACACAUGAAAAUGAAACCUGUGAAAAUGAUCUACCUCUUGACUUCAGGUGUUUGUUUUAUAGCUCACAAGUCAAUGUGUAAGUGUUUUUGAUUAUUGUAUAUUAACUGAACGGAAUUCAGCCUAGAA